ACGGAAUCUACUGGCGAAGCGGUGUGUGUGUGUUCAUACGCGCUCUUAUUCGUACAGUUGCGCUGAACAGAGGCUCUCGUGCGUGCACAUUCUUUUCGCCCGUCAGGAAAAAGGGAAUUUUCUUUUUCCGCGGCAUCCGCCAGACACAGUACGACGUCGGCAUCGAAAGGAGCGACAAAAAUCCAUCAUUGUACACGGAUUUUUGGCUCAAACUUUCGACUACGCCUCGGGAGAACAUCGAACGUUUCGCUACGGACAGCGGAAGAAAAGUGAAGAAGAGGCGCACGAGAAGAAAUUCCCAGCCAGCCAUCGUUCGGCGAUACGCGCGUGUGUGUAUGUGUGUUUGCGCCGUGUUUUUCUUCGCUCGAUUUUAACUACAGCGCAAAGUCAACGACGAAGCUCGAUUGGCAAUAGUCGUAGCAACCACAAGAGCAGCCGUACCGUGUCGUAUUGGCGAACUUUACUGCAAACAUCAUUUCCAAUAUAUUCGUAGCGUGGAAAGCAGUGCGGAAGCAAAGGAAAACGUAAAACCUUUCUCCCCGACUACCCCGCCCCCUUUACGUCAACCCCAAUCCAUCCAAUCCCGGUGUGUGUCCUCCCGUCAUCAUUGAGCGUAACUGAGUCAAUCGAUUCAAAAUGUCGGACGUAGAGUUAUCAAACAUAGACCACCUCAUCGCGAUGCUUUUAGAAGUUCGCGGUGCAAGGCCGGGAAAAAAUGUACAACUGUCGGAAACGGAUAUACGUCUGCUAUGCCUGAAGUCGAGGGAAAUCUUUCUCUCCCAACCGAUACUGCUCGAGCUGGAAGCACCGUUAAAAAUCUGCGGUGACAUCCAUGGUCAGUAUUAUGAUUUGCUGCGUUUGUUCGAGUACGGUAGUUUCCCACCAGAGUCGAACUAUCUGUUCCUGGGUGAUUACGUCGACCGGGGAAAGCAAUCGCUGGAGACGAUCUGCCUGCUGCUGGCGUACAAAAUCAAGUAUCCGGAAAAUUUCUUCUUGCUUCGCGGCAACCAUGAAUGCGCAAGUAUCAAUAGAAUAUACGGAUUCUACGAUGAGUGCAAGAGGCGCUACAAUAUUAAAAUGUGGAAAACGUUCACCGAUUGCUUCAACUGUCUGCCGGUGGCUGCGAUCGUAGAUGAGAAAAUUUUCUGCUGCCACGGCGGUCUCAGCCCGGACUUGCAGUCCAUGGAACAGAUUCGACGCAUUAUGCGACCCACAGACGUGCCAGAUCAGGGGCUGCUCUGUGAUCUGCUGUGGUCCGAUCCAGACAAGGACACGAACGGUUACGGUGAGAACGAUCGUGGUGUCAGCUUCACCUUCGGUGUGGAUAUUGUGGGCAAAUUUCUAACUAAGCAUGACUUUGAUCUAAUCUGUCGAGCACAUCAGGUGGUUGAGGAUGGUUAUGAGUUCUUUGCCAAACGGCAGCUGGUAACUCUCUUUUCCGCUCCCAACUAUUGUGGAGAAUUCGAUAAUGCCGGUGCAAUGAUGUCCGUCGACGAUACGUUGAUGUGCUCGUUCCAAAUUCUGAAGCCAGCCGAUAAACGUAAGUUCCAAUAUGGUGGCCUCAAUUCCGGACGGCCAGUUACACCACCGCGGAAUUAUAGUAAAAACAAAAAGAAAUAAUUUAUCCAAUAGUACUAUGCUCUUAUAACAACUACUACUAUUAAAACUACUACAAAUUACGUACUACCAAACUUGUGCGGUAUCCGUUCUGUUGCAUCUAGCCCCCCCAUCUCCCAGUUUUCCAGUUUCUUUUUUCCUUUCAAUUCCUUCAACAUUUUAUAAAACAAAACUUGAUCGACUGACAAUGCAGUGGCCAGGGGUGUGCGCGCCUGGUGUUAUGCAAGGCAAAACAAUGUAUCUGCGCUAAAUGCGAAACGGAAGUUGCGUCACCAUAAACGCUUCCCAGGUGUGCGGUGAUGCACACGGAGGGUUGCGAUGAAGUUGAAGUGAUAGGAACAAGUCAACACAUAAGUAGAUAUAAACAGGUGCCCGUUGAAAGUCGAUGGUGUUGGAUGAUAGGAAGUGCAAGGCAGAAAAAAAGAGAAAUGCAUCAUUAGGAAUGGAAUACGUCCCACUGGAAAUAGUACUUUGUUUUUUUUUUUAAUUAUUCUGUUACUCGACGAUACGCAGGAAUGACUAUACAAAGCAAAAGAUAGAUGAACUGUUUGGCACAACACAAUACGCGGGGAAACAUGGUAGAAUAGUGCGGUUGCAAAGGAAUGAUGCAAACAUGGCGAAACAAAAUGCUUCGCUUCCUUUUGAAGUGUAGAACCGAGUAGUAGAAGAACGAGACGAAAGGCAAAAAGUAACGUUUCUGAAUGAUAAUUUAAUUAGAAACACUAUAGGAGUACAGUGCAGUGAAACGAGGUAAAUAAACAUUUAAAAAAACAACAAAAAUAUGCAUGCUAACAACACAUGAUAACAAACGGUAGAUUUGUCAGUUGAGAGAUGAGAUGAUGGUUCACUAGCACACAGCAGUGACCACAGUAGCAUAGGUGUGUGCGUCGUGUGUGAAUUGAAAUGCAAUGAAAACUCACACCUCUGCGUUCUCUGUAGCAGCGUGUUUGCACCACAACAGCUCAUACACAAACACACACACACACACACACGCCGCACUUCCUGACUUUCGAUGAUCAGCAGCAGCAGCAGCAGCACUACUAAACGGGCAUAAGAAUUUUCUGAUUACAAUAAUUGAGACAAUGUUUACAAACAGCGGCAGCCGCAAACUCUGAUAGUAGUGGGCGAAAGAGAAAACGCCAAAAGCAAACACUAUAAAUGCUAAAAUCAACAAACAUCCUCCAAGCACGGGUAGGAAGCAAAAAUAAGGGAUAGCAAAACUGGCUACUCUACUCCUGGUUGAUUGAGAUUACGAUUACUAUUGCCCCCGCGGGAAAGCAGCAGGCAUUGCAUUGGAGGCAAACCGACUACAUUUAACGUAAGCUGUUCACUUGUGUAUCGCAUAACGUUUCCCUUUAUUGUUAACACGUUGCCUGUAACAGUCCCCCGGGCAGCAGAUAGUGAACUUUUCGAUUAGCAACAAAAGCCAGGGAGCGAUUUCUUUUACGAUUCAGUCAGAAGCGCAAGCACACAAGGACAAAUCUGCCGUGCAUGGGUCCUCAGAGACUUACAAGGAAUGGGCGGGAGCCCGCAGCCCAGACACUAGGUUGGUGACCGGUGUUGACGGGAUUUGCCAGUUUAUUAUUGCAAUGUUGAAUAAAGUACCAUCGAACAUACUUUUGAGCAAACGCAAGUUUCAGACCCGAGCUCAAUGCACUGUGUCAUUAAAUUUUUGCCCUGGUAUUAUAAACGAGAGAAAUUGUAUUAUACUUUAUUUUUUGCUUGAAGUCGACGCGGUAUAAAUGUGUAUCUUUUUUUGUUAACAAUGUUUCGUAUGUACUAGACGGCAUAAUAACAGACAUCAUUUUGUGCAUUAUGGUCGACGUCUUGUAUGACUUUGAUAAAAAAUGCAUGAAGUAACAAUUGAAGACCGUUUCGAUGUACUUUUUUUCCUUCUUAAGAACGGCCAGGCCGUAUCAAGACUUAUUUUACCACGUAGCAGGAUAGUCUGUCUUUGCUAGGAUUUGAUGCACGGCCCUAUCGUGUGAACCGGCGCCGUUCAUUACAUACAUCGGGCCCAACACAUAAAAUUCAUUUAUUUAUCUUACUUUUAAUGUUAGUCAUCAUGAAAAUUACGGUAUGUGUCAUGCAGGUGUAUCGCAUAUUGCCUUUGUUUCAUAAAUUAAUUCACAAUUAGUUUACUUUACACUGAAAAUGUGCAUGUUAAAUGUUGUCAAAUAGUUGACCGCAAUGGGGUUCGGAGUUCGAUAAUAAACUGGCAAGUCUUGUACCACACAAUCAUUGGAGUUUGAAAAGGUUGCUCUGGCAUAGGAAUAGCUCUAAAAUGUAGGAAUGUCAAUGAAACGCUGCAACACUAGUGAAGUCAUACUUUUACUCUUGUUGCCGAGGUGAACUUUUGGAGGCACGAACCCGUGGUUAGUCGGUGAAAUUUUCUGUUAACGAACUGUUUCCUACCAUCACGCUGUAGCAGAACUACUAUACACGUUUGCUUGCACCGGAAUCCUGUGCGCCGGAAAGGAUAAAUACUGUGUGCUUCUACGAAUCGCGCAAGAAUAAAUGGCAAAUGGCGUGCAUGUAAUGUCUCCUACUAUAAACUUAUGCCAUCUUUUUUGCAACAAAAAAAAAGAAAAACCAAUAUGACAAUGAAAUCAUGAACGUUUCGCAAGUAGCAAAACGAACGAAUGCAGGAAGGAUCGUAUUAAUAUCUUAUAAUCGCUUUCCCAUAAUUUACAAAUCGGAGGAAAAUUGCUGGAAUCCAAAAUGGGUUUUCCACACAGUUUAGACAAAACAGCGCACGCGGGUCCAGGCGUUCAAUUUGUACGAUGCAGUUACAAGUAUAGAUCAAUGUCACAGAACAAAAAAAAAACAAUACGUUUGUUGAUAACAAUGCAAAACAGCUGUAAGGAAGUAAACACGGAAACAACACCCUCCCUCCUUUCCUCCCAACAACAACAACACACACACACAACACAUAAGUAAGAAUCAAAAUUUUAAACAGCAUAAAUAAAAUUGUAUCACACAAAACGAAAAAA